AUGCCUCUACAAAAAUCCAAUACUUGCUCAGCUUCUCUAUUUCAUUUCUUUUUAAGUGGCGUACAGAUUCAGCCUCCACCAAGAGGUUUCUCUCUUGCUCUCUCUGGCUCAAUAGAAACUGGCGCCACGAGUAACGGAGUCAAUAGGCAUCAACGCAUGCAAAAGAAAAAAAUAAAUAAAAAAGGAAGCGCUCGAACGAUGUGCAUCAUAGAAAAAUAAAUUGUUUUAGAAGUACUAUUUUCUAGAAUGACUUUUCCAAUUAUGUAUUUCAGCUACUAAAUAUUUUAGUUUGAGAAUGUGAAAGCCCAGCCUUCCUUCCUCUUUGACGAUUUCAACUUCCUUUUCUUGUGGAAACUAAUUUGAUGUCCAAUUUUCAAUGUAAACUACAUGAAACAACAUCACCAAGCAAAAUCAAACCCACUGGCUAUUUCUACUUAAAACUUUACUUAAAUUUUCAUUGGUUUGAUAUCCACAAAAUUUUUUCCAUAUACUAAUGAUAAUGAUGUGAUUUAGACUAAAAAACAUUAAAAAUUUUAAAUUUAAGUCAUCUUAAGAUUAAAACAUGCGUUUUUUCAUCAUGGUUGUCGGAUUUGAUACCUUUUUUAAGGGUGUGAAUUCGCCACCAACAAGCGUGUAUUUGGUAGAUGAGAAGGAACAAUGUGGGUGUCCCCAUUGCAAUAUGUAGCAACUGUAAAGUUCCAUUGUUUUCAAAAAUGCCUCGUUGCUUCUUAUUCCCUCCCCUCCUUUCUAUAUCUACAUCUACUCUCUACUAACAAACCUUGUCUUGUCUCUUAUGCUCAGUUGUCCAUUGACCAACCAACAUCGCACCAGCUUCUUCAUACAAGCAACUUUUCUACUGUGUUUCUCUCCCUUCUCUCUUUGCAUCACUCUUCAUGUCCUUUAUUCUUCUUUUCUGGCUCAAUCCCAAAAAGUGUAUCCCCUUUUUGAACGCGGCACCUUUCAUUUUCUAAGCUCUAUUAACCUCUUUUGCCCUGGUGGGGUUUUCAGUUUUCAUCUUAGUUUAUCUCAACAAUGCAAGUCUGCUGUGAUCUUGAAGUGGAUGUCAACGGUGAAGAGAUUUUCAAGGUAGACAAGAGAACUCUUGCAUCUUACUCUGGUAUAUUCAGCAAAUUGUUUGGUAAUUUGAUGGAUGAUACCAGGAACCUGAAAUUGGUAUUUCAUGACUUUCCUGGGGGAGCUGAGGGUUUUGAACUCGUGGCAAGGUUUUGCUAUAACAAGGGAAGAACUGAGAUAACUCCCGCCAAUAUAGUCCUACUAAAUUGCGCUGCACAAUUUAUGGAGAUGGAGAGUGAUGGCCUCAGGGCCAGCUUGUUAAACCAAACAAAAAAUUCACUUGAUGGUAUCAGCUUCUGGACCUGGUCUGAGCUCCUUUUAGCUUUGAAAGAGUGCCAAGAUUUGCUUUAUUUCUCAAAUACUUCGGUAAUACUUGAUAAGGUCCUGGAUUGUGUUAUAGGAAGGCUUACCUCUCCUAUUGUUGCAAGCCCAUACACAUCUUCCUCAGAGAACUCCAGUUUCCAGUGUUCCUCUGAUACAAGGAGCAGCUAUAGUAUUAGAAACAAUUUCUCUCAACUAUCUUGGUGGUUUGAGGAUCUUCUGUUUUUGAAUAUUGAUUUCAUUGACAAGGUAAUAAACAUGAUGAUAUGCCAACAUUUUGAUAAUGCUACAAUUAGUAAGUUCCUCUUCUGUUAUCAAAGAUCGAGAUUUCUUAGUGCCACCCCAACUGAGAAGUGCAAAAUCACAGAGGUCAUAAUCAAUCUGCUUUCUUUACUUGAUAGGAGCUCCCUUUCUUGCAAGCUCUUAUUUGAUAUAUUUCGAGUGGCUUCAAGCUUGAAAAUUAGCAAAAAUUGCAAAUCCAUUUUGGAAAGUCAUAUUGGUUCACAACUGGAUCAAGCAACUAUAGAUUUUCUGCUAGUCCCAUCCCCACGCGGGAAAGAUUAUAUGUAUGAUGUGAAUCUGGUACUGAGGCUUGUAAAGGCAUUUUGCAAUGAAGGAAGUUGUUGUUUAUCCCCAGUGCGAUUAAGAAAAGUUGCUAGCUUAGUUGACUCAUACCUUGUGGAAGCGGCAGCGGAUUACCACCUGAACCCUUCAAAGUUUGCAGCAUUAGUCAUGCUGCUGCCAGAUUCUGCAAGAGAAUCCCAUGAUAGGCUUUUUCAAGCCAUGGACAUUUAUCUAGAGGUUCAUGGUAGACUACGUGAAGCAGAGAAAAUGAGAAUCUGUAGUGCACUUAACUAUGCAAAGCUUUCAAUAGAUGCAUUGAGACACUUAGCUCGGAACUCGAAAUUUCCAUCAAGAAUAGCUAUACAAGCUUUCAUUAAUCAGCAGUCCAAGCUUGAAAAUUUACCUGUGGGCAAAAAACAUUUUGAAACCUUUAGUGGUUCCAUCUCUGCUGAGGAAAGUAUCAAUGAGAAAGAAAAUUCUGAUCAAAACCUUCUGUAUGCAAAAAGUGUCAACCUUCCUAGGAAAGCCGAGCAACUUGAUGCACAGCUGCAAGGAAUGCAAUGUAGAAUAACAGAACUGGAGAAGUUCUGUGGGAUAAUGCACACUCAGAUUGGAAGUAUACCAGGAACAAGAUUAUCCAGUCUUGGUAAUAAUGCUAGAUUCUUACCAAAACUAUGUUCUUGAAGAUAGCCUUGCCUCCAAGGUCAAUUUGGUUUUUCCCCUACAUUCUAUUUGAAAACAUUUGUAUAGUAUGAAGCAAAUUAAUGUAAAUGCAAAUUAGUUUUGUUUCGAAUUUUGUAAAGAACGAUCAAGAGUGGGAAACUUUGGUUUUACUUCAUUCUCCUCUGGUUUUACUUCAUUCUCGAAUAACUGUAGAAGCAUGAGUAGGUAUCUGAUUUGCAUACUGAUCCAAUAAAAACAUACUGAUGGAAGGAUGAGGAUCUUUACUGCAUUUGUACUUUAUGAUCUUCUCUUAGCAUCGUUUCCUAAGGUUUGGGUUUUACUUGGAACUGUGUUCUUUUGACAUGAUGAAAAUGAAAUACAGAAAGAAGUAAAAAAAGUUCAAGUUCCAAACUGAUGACCAAGAACAGUUUGUUGAAUGUCAAAGAAAUGUGAUGAAAA